AUGAUUUUUAUAUCAAUCUAUUUUAGUGUACCAGUAAUGAAUGAAACAAUAAUGGAUAUGCCCAUGAAACAUUUAAUUACGGAACCAUUGUUAAAUGUUGAGGAAUUAUGUUGUAAACAUUUUCUUAGACUUUGUAUAGAAUCUUUUAUUUUAGAUCAUUUGAAAUAUUUAGAUGAAUUAAUUAAAACUACUGACAAUAAUGAUGAUAGUAUACAUUUCAAAAAGAUUACUUAA